AUGCUGGCCGCCGUGAAAGCAAUUAAUGCGAAGAUUCGCUCCAAUAAAACCCUUGAUUACUUCUGCUCAACACAUUUCUGGGGCCCGGCCUCCAAUUUCGGCAUUCCGAUUGCUGCCGUGACGGACAUUCAGAAGGAUCCAGAGAUUAUUUCGGGACGCAUGACGGGCGCGUUUAUUGUCUGCUCGGCCCUGUUGAUGCGAUACUCUCUUGCCGUGACCCCCAAGAAUUACUUGCUGUUUGGAAUGCACACCGUCAACGUCGGCGCCCAGUCCAUCCAAGGAAUGAGGUUUAUAAAUCACUGGUAG